CUGACUGAGCGGAGAUUUCCUCAGGAUCCGAGCGAGACCGGACUUCCAACACACAACCCGACUGAUGUGAGAAACACAGCGGUGCAGACAAGAUGGGGAUAUUUGGAGUGACAGUGGGAGCUUUGCAUUACCUGGGGCUCUAUGUGCAACUCUGUGCGUGUUCACAAGCUCUAUUUACGGAGGUCCCUCAUGAUGUUUCAGCCAGAGCUGGGCAAGAUGUGGAGAUGGCCUGUGCUUUUCGGGGCAGUGGUUCACCAUCCUACUCACUGGAGAUUCAGUGGUGGUAUAUCCGAAACUCCAAGGACUGGACUGACAAACAAGCAUGGAGCUCUCACCAGAUGAAGACUUCUACUCAUGAGGAGUCUAGGAAAGAUGCAACAAAAAUCAGCGCUGUGAAGGUAGUUGGAAGCAAUAUCUCUCACAAACUGCGAUUGUCCACCAUAAAAACCUCAGAUGAAGGCACUUAUGAAUGCAGAGUGACUGAUUACAGUGAGGGCAAACCCAGACAUCACAAAGUGAAAGCUUAUCUGAGGGUCAAGCCUGAGCAGGAUCAUGAGAUGCUGGUACAUGAAGCUGCUGCACACAUGCAGGACACCAAGGUGCCGGGAAGUGAUAUGAAGGCUCACACGAAUCACAUUGCUAAAUCCUCGUCUUUUUCCAACAGCCCUAAAUCUGUCCAAAUCAUGAAUGAACAAGCCCUGGAUACUGACUGUGAACAGAAUGAUCUGUCUCUUGAUGCUGAUCGUAUCCACUGUGUUUAAUAGAAUGAGCUGUCGUGGAGAGUCAAGUGUUUGUAAAUUGUAUAGAAGGAGUGCAUGACCAGCUUCUUUGUGGGAGUAUUUUGGCAAAAGAAUAUCUCCAAAACUAUUAUUUAAAGGGGGUAACCAGCUUUUUAACCAUUUUUUGUUAUUUGUUAUACUUCGUGUUUGUUGGAAGUGAAACAUUAAUUUCAUUACAUUUUCAUUCAUGUUCAGUAGUCUACCAACAGUAUCUCUUAUUUACUUAAUAAUCCAAUAGAAGCAAGCUCACAUCUGUCUUUUUUCAGAAAGAUACAAUGACAGCUUUACAUCGAACAGAAUAAUGACAUAGACGACUUUAAUCUUUAAAUAUAAUAAACAAUCAUCCAAUUUUUCAACAUUAGUGGAAAGAUGUUUCAUCCUCACUUUAUUUUCAAUUAACAGUUGAACGCUUAUCUCAACCUAGGUUUCCAAACUCAAUCCAGUUUUUAACAAUUCCAAAACUUUUAUAAUUGAUGAUUAUAGCCCCAUAUUACCUGAUAAAUCUCAACCUUAUAUUUAGCUAAACAUUCUAAUCCCAUUAGAACGACUCCAAUAUUGUGAUUUAAAUUUAAUUAUAUUAUAGGUCCUAAGACUCAUUUUAUCAAAUAAUACCACCGCUUCUUAAACCUCAACUUCAUUCUCGUAAAAUCUCUUAAUUCCAUCUCAUGCAACCGUCACAACCCGAAUUCCCCUGAGUUUCUAUUCUGCCUUUUCUUCAUAUCCACCAUCAAUUAUAAUAAUCCAAACUUGUUACCACAUUUUCCAAUCUCAUCUAAAGACCCCAACACCAUUUGCUUAACAUCCUCAACUUGCUCCCACCUAACAAUCCCAAUCCCAUUUUUAUCUAACAGUUCUAUUAAUGUACAUUUAAUGAUCCAAUUGCCCAUAGUUCUGUGACAUCUCAGGUGAAUUCUACAAUCAUGCAUUAUCUCAUAUAACAACCUCAACCACAUACUAUGAAAAGUUCCAAUCUCCUUUUACCUAAGUAUAGGUGGCACAGUGGUUAGCAUUGCUGCCUGUCAGUGCCAGGAAUGUGAGUUUGAUUCCAGUCUUGGGCG